AUGUCGUCUAGCAGCAGAGAUUACUACGCCGACAAUUCAUCUACCGAUGAGGAUGAAUGCAUCCGCUCACGUGUUGGAAGUCACGUGAUAAAGAACCAGGGACUACAUGGCUGGACAAAAUGGCGCUGCAACCUGAAUGAUCAGCUUAUUCACGUGAUGGCUAAUCGCCGAAACCUAUUACGCCAACAGUCCAAAGACCCUAACCUUCUCAUCAAUGGACGGUUCCUGGAGAGCAUGACGGAACCGGAAGUACUAAUGGAACGGCGCCUUUCCGACUUUGUGCUGAGUCGAGCUGUCCAAGACAAACGUGUUGAUGGAGAUCGGUUGAUGCUUCACCCGGAAGCUUUUUUAAGCUUCGGAAUCCCUCGAGUUCGUCUCCAUGGAUCUGACUCCCAUCAGUCUUCGGGACGAACGACACCGUCUGACGACACUUUAGAGUCUAGGCCACGGCGCUAUGUAACUUACAGCGACGAAUAUUUGCUGCACGAAAAUCUUGAUCAGCUUCAGCUAGAGGCUACAUUCUUCAAGGGAAUUUCGACCAAUUCUCGCACUCUUACAGAUGACCAUGACAAAUUAAUACAUGUAUACACAUUGGCGAAGAAACUUUUGUGA